UUGUGUAGUGUAUUGUUGUGCUCAACCCGCUCGGCGUGACGUCAAAGUGCAGUUUGCGAGUGAAAAAGUUGGUUCACCCGAAAAAAAAAAGUCAAGCAAAGUCUAAAUUCUCCGCCUUGUGCCUACUGCCGGCGAGGAGCAGAGCAGCCGUGUCAAUCAUCACACUCCAUCGAGGUGUGUGUCAUAACUGGGAUAGCCGUCAGUCACCCAACGCCGACGGCUUCUGCUUCGUCCCCGAAGGAAUUAGAAGACUGACCUCCGGAGUCCUCUGUUGCCAGCCUGGUAGCUGCAGGAUCAUCAUCGGCCACUCCUCGGAUUACUCGGUGACCGCCGGUGUGAAUAAAGUCAAAGCAAUCCAAUCACAGUGUGUGCCGGGCGCAGUGGCCAUGAAAGUGUAGGCGAAGAAGAUUAGGCCUUUCGGUUCCUUUUGCGAGGCCCAACAUCCGGCAGUUCCGCGUCGGAGCCACACAAAAAUCGGUGCCAAAUGAAAAAGUAGUGCGCGCGGAAAGCGACUAAAGAGUGCUUGUGUGCGUUUGUAGUGUCGCCGUCGGUCGGAAGCUCCGCAGAGAACGCUGAGCGCGCCGCCGGCUUCAAGAUGGCCAUGGCCGCGUGCUAUCCGACGUACGAUCACAUGACCGGCAACAGCACGACGCAGCAGCAGCUCCAGCAGCAGCAGCAGCUCCAACAGCAGCAGCAACAGCAACAACAGAGCCCAGUGGCGGCCACUAGUCAGCUGCACCAUCUGUCCUCGCGGCUGUCGGCCGCUGCGGCGGCGGCAGCGGCGGCGGCCGCGGCCGCGGCUGCCGCCUCCAACAUGGCGGUGCAGAAGGACUUCAGCAUACCGCUGCACGUGGACUGCAGCGUGGAGUACGAGCUGCCGAACCAGGCGAAACCGCCGGUGGGCGCCCGGGUCGAACCGCUCCUGAUGAUCCAUCCUUGCUACUUCCGCAAGAUGGAGAGCCAGCGGCGCAGCCCGUUCGUGAACAACAUGCCAAACUCCGCCCGUAGCUCCAGUUCCUCGAUCGCGGCCAGCGGCAAGGCUGGGGCCACUGGCGCGAGCGGGAACAGCACCAGUAGCGCCAGUAGCUCCGGCACCGGCAACAGCAGUGUUGCAGGAGCCGAUUCCUCCUCGGCGGCGGCGGCGAGUGGCUCGAGCUGUGCGUCGGCCAGUGCCGCCGGCAGUCGGAGGAAUUCGGCGCAAAAGUCAGCGGCCACCGCCAACAGUAGCAACAGCAACAGCAGCAACACCAGCAGCAGUCAGUUCCUUCAGCUGCACCUAGAUGACUACGUCCAGCGUCAAAUGCAUCGCACGGCAGUGACAGUGAACAAUAGUCAAUGGUCGGGCGCGAACGGUGGCGGUACCGGUGGGCAUAUGCAGCAACAGCAGCAACAUCUCCACCAGCAACAGCACCACAGUCGCCACCAGCAGCAGCAGCAGCCGCAGCAACCCCACCACCAUCAGUCACACCUCACCAGUCAGUCCACGUCCUCGGCGGCCAACGAGUGGGGUCGCUACCACAUCGGAGCGGACUGCGCGGCCGGCGGCACCGGUGGCAGCUCGUCCGCGGUUCGCAACGGUGCGGCGGGUGGUGGCUACGGUGGGAAGGUUGCUUGCGGUGGCUAUGGUGCCGGCGUUGCAUCUUCGGGGGCUGCGGUGAGCAACGCGGCAACGAGUUGCAGCAACAGUAACAGCAGUAGCAGCGUCAAGUCCAAAAGUGUCACUAGUGCGUCGAUGAAGCGGAAUACGGGUAUGAGUCAGCAUCAGCAGCCGCAGCAGCUCCUCCACCACCACCACCACCAGCACCAGCAGCAACAGCAGCAGCAACACCUCAUGCCGGCGAGCUGCGCCGUGUACAACAGCACCAGCGGUACCAGCAACGGUGGCCUGCUGGAGGGUGGUGGUGGUGGUGGUGGUGCAGGGCCCCGAUGGGGCGACAUCGAGAAGACUUCAAUGGCGGCGGCCGUGCCCCGCGAUUUCCAGGCCGGCCCCGAAUCGUUACCGAUCAAAGCCGGUGUCGUCGUGCCGGCGGCCAACCUGCCGCCGCCACUGCCCCAGAACUACCGUGGGGCGGCCAGUGGGGGCGGCAGUGGCAAACGCGACGCCAUGCUGUCCGGCGCCGGAGGCUGUGCUGUUUAUAGUAGUAAUAGUAAUAGGAGUAAUGUCACGAGUGUCGUCAGUACGGACCUCAGCCUGUGGGAGGCGACGACGAACGGAGGCAACGGUGUUGUCGCUGGUGGUGGCGCCGGCGGCGGCAACAAUGUCCUGACGGACAAGAGCUCCAUGGCAGCCGCCAUUCCGCGAGACUAUCACGCGGCUGGCCCGGAGCAUCUCGCUGCAUGCAACAAACUGGCCGCUGCCCGACAGCAGCAACAGCAACAACAGCAGCAGCAGCAGCAGCAGCAGCAGCAGCAGCAGCAGCAGCAGCAACAGCAGCAGCAGCAACAACAGCAAGUGCAACAUCACCAACAGCAGCAGCAGCAGCAGCAGCAGCAGCAGCAGCAGCAGCAGCAGCAACAGCAGCAGCAGCAACAACAGCAACAACAUCAUCAUCAUCAUCAUCAGCAGCAGCAGCAGCAGCAGCAGCAACAGCAACAGCAACAGCAUUUGCAUCAUCAGCAACAGCAGCAGCAGCAUUCGCAACACAGCCAACAACAACAACAACAACAACACCACAACCAUCAGGUUGCGGUGGCGGCGGCGGCGGCUGCUGCUGCAGCGGCGGCCGCGGCGGCCGAGGCGUCCGACAAGCUACUGUUCGCCAAGUACCGGCAGCACCAGCGGGCAUCGCACCGGUUGCACCCGUACAUGAUGACGACCAGCUUCACCCCCCUUAUGACGGCGGCCUUCCCUCCGAUGCAGCAAGUGUCCUGCUACAACGUGUGAUUCUAAGGGGCGCUCCUACGCCACGCGAGCCAAGUUUGUUGUAAGUUGCCAACGAGCAAACUGCUGGAUUCCUACCCCGGUGGUGGUGGUGGUGUGGUGACGAUUGGUGGUGGACGGUCCGAAUAAGCCAAGAAGCUACGAAGCUGCGUAGGGCGUGGAACUGAGCUGAGAGAGGAGGUAGUGUUGUAGUUGCGCGCUGGCAAGGAGGUCACGAGAUGGGCGCGGAUCGGCGCUCGCGGAUAUAUAAAAUAGACAGCAACUUUUUUGUUGCCAAUUUAAAUGUGAUAGUAGUUUUUACUCCCUAUUAACUUCAGCUAAAAGGUGGAAAGUGAGAGUGGUAACCGCCCGCUGUAACUCUUGUGUAGAUUGGCCGAGACCGGAUCGGCCGACGCGGAUAAAUACACGCAAAACCACAACCACAGGACGUUCUUUGGCAUAUUGAUCGGAAGAAAGGCAAAUCCGUGAAAGGAACAAGAACCGUGUACUAACCGACAAAACUCUGUCCGACGGUAGUGAGUGUCUGGCUUUAAUAUGGGACGAGAGUAGAGAGUAGUACGCGCCGCGGGGACACAUAUGAUAUGUAUAACUAGUCCCCCCCCUCGUUAGCCUCAGUAACUUGAUUUAUCACCCCCUUUACCACCACAAAAGAGACCCCUUCACAAAGCGAAAUACAAGAAACGCAUUGCAUGAACUUCGAAUAAGAGUAAGCGCGUUACGGGGGAAAACGCGCGGUCAGUGCGAGAACUAAACAUUGGAAUAAAACGAAGCAUGAUUAGCUAUGUUAGUAAAAACAAAUUUAUCUAUCUAUAUGUUCCAAAGAAAGAAGCAACACUGCUUGCGCAAAACACUAGAUUCUCAGAACGAUAGGCGCACCGCGGGCGUCGGCAAACGAUCGUAGAAGAGCUUCGCGGACCUGCGCUGCGCUUGGGAUGGUUGUGUUUGACCCAUCACCACCCAUGGGGCCUGCGUUUGCUCCUUCCGGCGAUCGCGUCUUCUCGAUCCGACGGCGACAACCUUCCGGGGGGGCCACGUCCAGUGGAUCCGUACACCUCCUCCGUUCGUUAGUCUAGAGGCAUCGGUUGAAGGAAGCUCUUGGUUUUCAAUUCUUUGCCGAGCGCGUGUGUGCUGCACGUGAGUAGCACGAAGCUAGUUGAUACACUUAGUUGUGCGUGAGUUUCAGUUUUGUGCAUGUUGAGUAGUAACUGUAUGUGAAGUGUGUUUUCCGGUGCGCCACGGUUUUUAGGCAUGUUUCAGAGUUUGUUUCCUUAUGUUUGAUGGUCCGGUGUAGUGCGCGUUGGCCACAUACGAUUGCCCUGAGGGUGAUUGUGGGUUCCUCCAGUCCGCCGGUUAGUUCUGCCUUGUGUUUAGUCUUUUUCCUCUGGCAUGUGUUAGGCAUCUUGGCUGCCAACUUGUCUGUCGUGUAUCGCGCUUAAUCAGGUGUUGAAGCAGGUUCAUACUGUAACUGGUUUGUCCCUCAGCUGUGUGCCGAUUGUUUGCUUUCCGCUCAGCUGGUGGUAGCUUUACUUCAAGGUUUUAGUUCUUUCCCAACUGCAUUCGUUUACGGGCUGCAUUGAUAUACCUAACGACAUAAUGGAUUAGAACAGUGUAAAACGUAUAAGCUAUAACGUACACACCUAAGCAUAGCAAACCAAACCGUUAAUGCAUGACUGCUGAACAGUGUUGUAAGCAAACCGAAUAAUAGCAAGUAUUAUACUGAACAAAACAGAAACGCAAGCAAAGAAGCCAAAACAAAUAAUCUCUCAAACCAAACCCUUAGCGACGUUUUAGGAUGUUGGAAGAGCGUCAAAAUUGUUAACCCGUCUUUGUUUCCACCCUGCACGUUUAACAAGCCAAAUCCAACUCCCCCCUCAAAUACAGCUAACGAACAAUGACUAUUUCGAGUAAAAAUGAAUGAUACACAAUACAUCAUACGGUAAACGCCAAUGCAAGGAAACUCAAAAAUAAAACGAAGUCGAAACGAUAAAAUAACAAACACAAAAAUAACUAUUUAGACGCAUCAUCAAAAUAAUGGUUCGGAAUAUUAACACACAGUAACGGCAAACGCUAAAUUAUACUCUCAUACAGAUACACCGAAAAAAGACAUACCUUACCACUGGUGCAGUGCAGCAUAUAUGAAUGCAAAAUCAAAGCUUGGCCGAAUGGCGAUUGAAACACGGCGCCACGAUGGCAGACAGAGGUUUAGUUUGUGGGAACUCCUGCGCCAGUUAACGGAAGCAAACCAAUCUAAUCUGGAGCGAACGCACGGAGAACAACAUGAGGAAGUGUGGUCAAUAAACGUGAACGUGAACAAGUCUUAUGUUACAAGUAGAAUAGGAACGUGCAAAUAAAAGGAGAAAACAGAAAGUAAUAAACGAAACAAACGAACUGAACGAAUGCGAAAUUGGAGCAGAAUGGGUCAGAGGGAGAGAGAGAGAGAGGAGAGCAGCAAACUCGAAUGCGCCAGGAAUGAGCACACGGAGCGUGUGUGCGCCGUUGCCUGCUUAGGACACCUUCGCAAUGAAAAAUCUCUAACCGAAAUAUCCUUGUUUGUAAAUAUUCGAUAAGCUCGUAACGGCAGGACUGGAACAGCGCAUCUUACAAGCAACGAUCCGAGGCAGAAACAAUGGCACUCGCAUGCCCACACACACAGUUACUCACUCGCUCACUCACUUACUCAGUCAGUCAGUUAGUCAGUCAGUCAGUCAGUCAGCCAGUCAGUCAGUCGAGUCAAAGUUUAGUCAACGCGCCACUAUUUCGCUGAUAAACGUUUUUUAGUAUAGCAACGACGGGACGGAAGCACAGCAGCGACACACAGAAGCUAGAAAUUCCAAUUUACGAUGUGCUGGUGUGUCGAGAGUAAAGAGGCGCAGCGGCCACAAAAAUGGAUAAAAAACAACUGAUACAAAAAAACAACCGGAAAACUAGUUAUAGUAAAGUAUAAGUAUAAUAAAGUAACAGAAAAACUGAUAAUAAUAGUAGUGGAAUGGAAAGCGCGCGGACACGGUGAAAUGGAACUGAAAAAUCAUGUGAAAUAUUGCGCGAUACGCAUAGGGAAAAGGGAAAAACAAACGAAGCAAACACGUGUGAUGAAGAAGAGCUAACAAUGAUGCGCCCGCCCCGUGUAGGACAGAGAGAGAG